CGGCUGGGUAACAACUUACACGCCAACACUCUAAGGGAGGGGAAGGUGACCACUAGCUGAGUGUACCUGUCAGGCCUCUUCCCCGCCGCUCUCGCCCGCGCCCGUUUUUCAAAAUGAAAACACAUACAGCCCCGCCCCUGCUCGAGGCAGUCGGGAGAGGGCGCCGCCGCCCGCCGCCGGCCGCUCCGAAGUGACCGCGAGUCGAGGCAUCUUCUUCCCGCCACAGCCACAUUCUCGCGGUGAAAAGCCGCAGAUGACCCUCCGACCCACUGUCCUCAGCCAGCUAAAGUCGCCCAGACCCGCCUUGCGUCACACCCCCGGAAGUGACGGUACAACGUGACCCGCCCUUGUCCCGUCAGGCCUCGCGGCGACGGCGGGAAGAUGGCGGCGGCGGGAUCGCUGGAACGGAGCUUCGUGGAACUGAGCGGAGCUGAACGCGAAAGGCCCAGGCACUUUCGGGAAUUUACAGUCUGCGACAUUGGAGCUGCAAGUGCCGCCUUUGGAACGGUGAAAUACAGUGAGAGCGCAGGAGGCUUCUAUUAUGUGGAAAGUGGCAAGUUGUUCUCCAUCACCAGAAACAGGUUCAUUCAUUGGAAGACUUCUGGGGAUACAUUGGAGCUGGUGGAGGAAUCACUGGACUUAAAUUUGUUGAAUAAUGCUGUUCGCCUAAAAUUCCAAAAUUCCAGCAUCUUACCCAGUGGUGUUCAUGUCUCUGAGACUCAGAAUCAUGUGAUAAUCUUGAUAUUAACCAAUCAGACAGUGCACAGAUUAAUUUUACCACACCCUUCCCGUAUGUACAGAAGUGAGCUGGUAACUGAAAGUCAGAUGCAAUCAAUAUUUACUGACAUUGGAAAAGUUGAUUUCAGAGAUCCUUGCAACUAUCAGUUAAUUCCAACAGUACCUGGACUAUCCCCAAGUUCCACCACUUCUGCAGCCUGGCUUAGCAGUGAUGGGGAGGCUCUGUUUGCUCUGCCAUCUGCUUCUGGUGGUAUCUUUGUUCUUAAGCUCCCUCCUUAUGACAUACCUGGGAUAGCAUCAGUUGUGGAACUGAAACAGAGUUCAGUGAUGCAGCGGUUGCUCACAGGCUGGAUGCCCACAGCUAUAAGGGGUGAUCAUGGGCCUUCAGAUCGUGCCCUGAGUCUUGCUGUUCAUUGUGUUGAACAUGAUGCCUUUAUUUUUGCCCUGUGUCAGGAUCAUAAACUACGAAUGUGGUCUUAUAAGGACCAAAUGUGCCUGAUGGUGGCUGACAUGCUGGAAUACGUCCCUGUAAACAAAGAUCUUCGGCUCACUGCAGGCACAGGGCAUAAAUUACGGCUCGCCUAUUCCCCUUCCAUGGGGCUCUACCUAGGAGUAUAUAUGCAUGCUCCAAAACGAGGACAGUUCUGCAUUUUCCAGUUGGUGAGCACUGAGAAUAAUCGCUAUAGUUUAGAUCACAUUUCUUCACUGUUCACUUCUCAGGAGACAUUGGUCGAUUUUGCCUUAACCUCAACGGAUAUCUGGGCACUGUGGCAUGAUGCUGAGAACCAAACAAUUGUGAAAUAUAUCAACUUCGAACAUAAUGUUGCAGGUCAGUGGAAUCCAGUUUUUAUGCAGUCUCUACCAGAAGAAGAAAUUGUCAUCAGAGACGACCAAGACCCCAGAGAAAUGUAUUUGCGGAGCCUUUUUACACCAGGACAAUUCAUAAAUGCAGCUUUAUGCAAAGCUUUACAGAUUUUCUGCCGGGGUACUGAGAGGAACUUGGAUCUUUCAUGGAACGAACUAAAAAAGGAAAUUACUUUAGCUGUUGAAAAUGAGCUCCAAGGAAGUGUAACCGAGUAUGAAUUCUCCCAGGAUGAGUUUCGUACUUUACAACAGGAAUUCUGGUGCAAGUUCUAUGCCUGCUGUCUCCAGUAUCAGGAAGCCCUCUCCCACCCUCUUGCUCUACAUUUGAAUCCUCUCACAAACAUGGUGUGCCUUCUGAAGAAAGGGUACCUGUCUUUCCUGGUACCAUCUUCCUUAGUAGAUCAUUUAUAUCUCCUGCCUGAUGAGCACCUUUUGACAGAGGAUGAGACGACCAUAUCAGAUGAUGCAGAUGUGGCACGGGAUGUCUUAUGUCUUAUAAAAUGCCUCCGGAUGAUUGGAGAGUCAGUUACCAUGGACAUGGCAGUUUUGAUGGAAACCAGUUGUUACAACUUGCAAUCUCCAGAGAAGGCUGCAGAACACAUUUUGGAAGAUUUGAUCACUAUUGAUGUAGAAAAUGUGAUGGAAGACAUUUGUAGUAAACUGCAAGAGAUCAGAAACCCCGUCCAUGCCAUUGGACUUCUUAUACGGGAAAUGGAUUAUGAAACAGAAGUGGAGAUGGAGAAGGGAUUCGAUCCAGCUCAGCCUUUGAACGUUCGAAUGAAUCUUUCCCAGCUCUAUGGUAGUAGCACAGCAGGAUAUAUUGUGUGCAGAGGUGUGUAUAAAAUUGCCAGCACUCGAUUCCUGAUCUGCCGAGACCUCUUGAUCUUACAGCAGCUAUUAACAAGGCUAGGAGAUGCAGUGAUCCUAGGAGCUGGUCAACUCUUUCAAGCUCAGCAAGACCUGCUGCACCGCACAGCUCCCCUGCUCUUGUCUUAUUACCUCAUUAAGUGGGCAAGUCAGUGCUUGGCAACUGAUGUCCCAGUUGACACACUGGAGUCUAAUCUACAACAUUUGUCAGUACUGGAGCUAACUGAUUCUGGUGCCUUAAUGGCAAAUAAAUUGGUAUCUAGCCCUCAGACAAUUAUGGAGUUAUUCUUCCAAGAAGUUGCAAGAAAACAUAUUAUAUCUCAUCUCUUCUCUCAACCCAAAGCCCCUCUAAGCCAAACUGGAUUGAAUUGGCCUGAAAUGAUUACUGCAGUUACCGGUUAUUUGUUGCAGCUUUUAUGGCCUAGCAAUCCUGGUUGUCUCUUUCUAGAAUGUUUGAUGGGAAAUUGCCAGUAUGUACAAUUACAGGAUUAUAUCCAACUACUGCAUCCCUGGUGUCAAGUCAAUGUUGGAUCCUGUCGUUUUAUGCUGGGACGGUGUUACCUAGUUACAGGAGAAGUACAGAAGGCUCUGGAAUGUUUCUGUCAGGCAGCAUCUGAAGUGGGCAAAGAAGAAUUUUUAGAUCGUUUGAUCCGAUCAGAGGACGGAGAAAUUGUGUCCACCCCCAAAUUGCAGUAUUAUGAUAAGGUUUUACGUCUACUAGACGUUGUUGGAUUGCCUGAGCUGGUUAUUCAGCUCGCUACAUCAGCAAUUACUGAAGCGGGUGAUGACUGGAAAAGUCAGGCUACUUUAAGAACAUGCAUUUUCAAACAUCAUUUGGACUUGGGUCAUAAUAGCCAAGCAUAUGAGGCCUUAACUCAAAUUCCUGACUCUAGCAGGCAGUUAGACUGUUUGCGACAGCUCGUGGUCGUUCUUUGUGAACGUUCCCAACUGCAGGAUCUUGUAGAGUUUCCUUAUGUGAAUCUGCAUAAUGAGGUGGUAGGAAUAAUCGAGUCACGUGCUAGAGCUGUCGACCUUAUGACUCACAAUUACUAUGAACUUCUCUAUGCUUUUCACAUUUACCGGCACAAUUACCGAAAAGCUGGUACAGUGAUGUUUGAAUAUGGUAUGCGUCUUGGCAGAGAGGUUCGAACUCUUGGGGGACUUGAGAAGCAAGGCAACUGUUACCUGGCCGCUAUUAAUUGUUUACGACUUAUUCGUCCAGAGUAUGCAUGGAUCGUACAGCCAGCCUCUGGGGCAGUGUCUGAUCGCCCUGGAGCAUCUCCUAAGAGGAAUCAUGAUGGCGAGUGCACAGCUGCCCCAACCAAUCGACAGAUUGAAAUUCUAGAAUUGGAAGAUCUGGAGAAAGAGUGUUCUUUAGCUCGUAUUCGCCUCACGUUGGCUCGGCAUGAUCCAUCAGCGAUUGCCAUUGCAGGAAGUUCAUCAGCAAAGGAGAUGUGCACUCUCUUGGUUCAGGCUGGCCUCUUUGACACUGCCAUAUCACUCUGUCAGACUUUUAAGCUUCCAUUAACACCAGUCUUUGAAGGGCUUGCUUUCAAGUGCAUUAAGUUGCAGUUUGGAGGAGAAGCAGCACAAGGAGAAGCCUGGGCCUGGCUAGCAGCCAAUCAGCUAUCUUCUGUCAUCACCACCAAGGAGUCCAGUGCUACAGAUGAAGCAUGGAGGCUAUUGUCAACUUACUUGGAAAGAUACAAAGUCCAGAAUAACUUGUAUCAUCACUGUGUGAUUAACAAGUUGUUGUCUCAUGGAGUUCCUCUGCCUAAUUGGCUUAUAAACAGUUACAAGAAAGUUGAUGCUGCUGAGCUGCUUCGUCUUUACCUGAACUAUGACCUUUUAGAAGAAGCUGUGGAUUUGGUCUCUGAAUAUGUAGAUGCUGUAUUAGGAAAAGGACAUCAGUACUUUGGAAUUGAGUUUCCACUGUCAGCAACAGCCCCGAUGGUGUGGCUUCCAUACUCUUCUAUUGACCAGCUUCUCCAGGCUCUGGGAGAGAACAGUGCCAACAGUCACAACAUUAUACUGUCCCAGAAAAUUCUUGACAAACUAGAAGACUACCAGCAAAAAGUCGACAAGGCAACACGAGAUUUACUGUACCGUCGGGACUUGUGAUCCGGAUAGCUGCUCAGCCUUUGUAACCUUGGUGCCUCUUAGGGCUUAAGACUCUACAGAAACCCUGUCCUCAAGGCCAGUUUUUAUACCUGUAAAUGAUGUGUACAGCGCCUGAGUCUGCAUUCUGCACAGCAUAAGAGAACAAAGUCAGGACCAACCCUGUGCUUGCUUGUGGUGCUAACAUGGUUUCUGGUUUUCCAACUUCAUGUCUAACAGCUGCUUUUGUAUAUGAUUCUCAACCUUUUUCAGAGUUUAUAUUUUUUUAAACUGCCGAAGACAUCCUUUAUCUGCAAACAAAAACUCACCUUCACUUUCAUUAAUAGCUGAUGGUUGUUGGUUUGUUACAGCUGACCACCAAAUUGUCCCUACGUAUCUUUUAAUUUUUCCUUAUCUUUUUUGUAUUUCAGUGGGAUUGUUUUGGUCCAGAACUAACAUCUAUUUUCUGUAUUGCAAACAAAGGCUAGUGGUUUUACAUACUCCUUUCAUUAUUUAUUGUAGAGUUUUUCAUAUGACCUUCAAUAAAAUAUUAGGUAAUAUGCAUAGAUUAAGCAUAAAUUAUGACCAGCUUUUUAAGGAAAAUAUAUUUUGAAUCUGGCUCUAAAGCUAAAGUUGAGUAAACAUCAGAAAAAAAAAUUAAUGUCCAUCAUCUAUAAAAGAAACAGAUUUUCAUUUUCAAAUUGUAUUAAUUUAUGUGAUUUAUAAUAAUCAAGCUGGACUUGAUCAUACAGUUGUUAGUGUGAUAAUAUAUUGGACCAAAAUGGAAUUUUACUGGUCAGAAUCAGAAACAUUCAUGCAUACAAACUUUGGGGAAGGUGAAAAAUAAUAAAAAUAUCCUUUGAUUUUAUUCUGUAUAUUAAGAUUUAUCUUUCAAGGAAAUAGUCUCUGUACUAUUUGUUUGAAUGAAUGCCCUUUUUGACAUCUGUGUUUUUUAUAAACUUUAGAAUUUAUACUGUUAACAUCAAA